CGAUUAUAUCAAGAGCCGGUAAUAAUGUAAGAAGAUGCUAGCGCUUUUGAAAGUUCUGAUUGGUGGACACGAUGCUAUCACUUUAAAGUCGCGUUGGCAAUCCUGAAGGUGACAAGUCGGCAGUCUCCGCAAGCUAACCAGGGCUAACCUAGGUCGAAUAGAACUUAUUUAAGUUGUGAUAACUAUCAAUGAAGAUAAAGUGUACCGAAAUAGUGUAUUAUACUUAAUGAAAAAUGAGCGGACAAAAAUUUCAGUACGAUGAGAGUGGCGGGACGUUUUUCUACUUUUUACUUUCCUUCCUCGUCCUGCUACUUAUACCUGGAACAUAUUACCUUUGGCCACGUCGCCCCAAGCAAGAUCCAGGACAACUGUCUAAAGAAUGUGGGUGUGAAGGAUGCAAGAAGAAGAAAAUUAUAUUGCAGAUGAACGAGCCAUGGAAAGAAACAAAGGCUUUGUUCACGAAAUUUCUCAUUAUCCUUGGCUGGGUGAUACUUUUGUUACUUGCAUAUAAAGUUUCUCAAUUUGACUAUGAAAUGGCUAAUUUUGAUCCAUUUGAGAUUCUGGGUGUUCCACCUGGUUCUCCACAAAGUGAGGUAAAAAAAGCUUAUCGCAAGCUAUCUUUGAUUCUCCAUCCAGAUAAGGAAACUGGAAAUGAGAAAGCGUUUAUGAAACUGACCAAAGCCUACCAAGCAUUGACUGACGAUGAAGCUAAGAAAAAUUGGGAGAAAUAUGGAAACCCUGAUGGACCGGGUGCAAUGAGUUUUGGUAUAGCUCUACCAUCUUGGAUAGUCGAAAAAGAAAAUUCCGUAUGGGUUCUUGGCUUGUAUGCUUUAGUUUUCAUGGUCGCCCUUCCUACAGUCGUUGGCAUGUGGUGGUACAAGAGCAUCCGUUAUUCCGGAGAUCAAGUUUUACUCGACACAACUCAAAUGUAUUACUACUUCUUCCACAAAACACCCUCCAUGGCUCUCAGAAGAGUCAUAAUGAUCCUCGCGGCUUCAUUUGAGUUCUACAAGAAGCAUAAUCCAGAAAUAAUUGAAAGGCAUUCCGAUAAUGAAGAAGUUCCUUCGUUAAUAAAGCAAUUAAGUAAUCUUGGUGAAAAGAACAAAGAACGGCCACUGUGUCAUUUAUAUUCAAUAAAGGCAAGAGCCCUCUUACAUGCUCAUCUUUUACGGAUCCCGUUAAAUCCGGAAACCUUGGAAAAGGAUCGUCAAUACAUUGUUAAAAAAUGUCCAUAUUUUAUUCAAGAAAUGGUCACUUGCGUAAAUCAACUGAUCAUGCUAGCCUAUGCCAGAAGAAUUCAGCGAUUGCCAAGUAUCGAAACCAUUGAAAACUGCAUGAAACUGAGUCCAAUGAUAGUUCAAGGAUUGUGGGAAUUUAAGAAUCCACUUCUUCAGUUGCCACAUAUUACAGAAGAUAAUCUCAAGUACUUCCUAGCUAAGAAGCGUCAGAUCAAGAGUCUCCAGCAAUUCGCCCAAUUAAAAGGCGACGAGCGUCGACAAAUACUUCGAAAUUUGUCGGAUAGUCAAUACAACGAUGUUAUGAAAGUUCUUGGCAAUAUGCCUUAUAUAGAGUUCAAAGUUCGUUCAGAGGUAAUCGAUGACGAAAAUCCUACCGUAUACACGGCUGGUGCUAUAGUGACAGUCACAGUCUCAUUAACCAGGAAGGACAUGCGUACUCUCUUCGGCGACAAUACCGUUAAGGAGCAGACCAUCCUGGAUGAUUCGAAGGCAGCUGCUGGUGAUCCCAGCGAAGAAGCUGCAGAGGAGGAAAGCCAAACGGUGAAGAAACCAGCAUGGCUACGACAACGUAAAGGACCUAAAAAAUCUAACAAGAAAAACACAAAUAAAAAAUCAGCACCAGCUAAGAGUGGACAACAGUCACAACCUGGAAACGUAUUACAACACCAGCAACAGCAACAAACCAACACUCCAAACUCAAGAAAAAAGGAAGAUGGCAAGGAAUCCUCUAACAAGGAUCCUGCUAGAGAUUCUGUCAAGGAAAGGUUAUCCGAUGUCAGUGACAGUGAAGUUGACAGUGAUAGAAGCGAUGACGAAGACAGCUCACACAUCAAAAAGGAUUCUGCUGUCGAUGACGAUGACACUGAAUGGGAGAAGUUCCAACAAAGAAUUUCCAAGAGAGAGAAGGUACUGGAGGGUCGCAGCAACCUCUCCCACGAGGUUCAUAGCCCUCUCUUCCCUGACGUUAAACAGGAGUACUGGUGGGUGUAUAUUUGUGAUCGUAAAAGUCACACUCUCCUCACUACACCUGCACACGUCACUUCCUUGGCGAGAUUCGAGGAGGUGCAAUUGCGCUUUACUGCGCCAAGAUGGCCAGGUCUUUAUACGUUUACUGUCUGCUUACGCAGCGACUCGUAUAUUGGUUUCGAUCAAGCUCAGGAUAUUAAGCUGGACGUUAAGGAAGCUCCUGAAAUUCCUACGGAGCAUCCUCAGUGGGACAUUUCCGACGAGGAAACUGCAGAGGAUGUUGACGCAGCCGAUGAUCAUUCCGAGUUUACUACAGAUGAGGACAUCAGCGACAAUGAAUAAAAGAAUUAAUAAAGAGUGGAGUGAAAUGGAUAAUUAUAGAGCAAGGACCUACUCCUGGAAAGUACUUAAGUAGGUAAAAAGAAAAAGAGAGGUAAUUAAAAAUCGUUCUUCAUUUGAACAUGAUUUUUUUUGGUUGUGACGUGACAGACCCAAGUGGACUCUUCGCGGAUGGUCUUUAGCGGUUAUCGAGGACUCAGAGAGCAUACUGGAUGGGAAUUCCUAAUGCUCUCUAGCCGAAAGAAUUUACGACACUAUAUUUAUUCUAUCAUUGUUGCUCGAAUUGUCGAAUCGUAGGAGGUACGUGUGUGCACAACUUUUUAAUAAAAAUAAAAUUGUCUAUAUGUUUAAGGAGUGCGUGAUCACGUCUGCAUUCAUUGUAAUAUUUUGUCAAGGCCAAAAUGUUUUUGAUUUAAUUUUUGGGAUUAAUACGAGGUAAAUACGUUCAAUUCUUUAAUUUCAUAAAGAACAAAAACCCUGUAGUGUAAGUAAUUUAGACAAAGGUAGGCAGUAUGAAUUUAUUAGUUAUUCGUUUCCUAAUAAUUUGGAAUUUUAACAUCUUUUUUCUUUACAUUUUCCAAUAUUGUUUCUGUAAUAAAAAGUCGGGCUGACCGAAA